AGAAGUGUGUCCUCAGGUCAUGAGAAGUGCCCGUUCCACUUCGACUUAGAGUUGGAUCACAAGCCGCCUACCAGGGAGGACAUCAUCCCAGAGCUGGCCGCCAGUUAUCGCUCCCUUCUGAAGGAUCUCGGUGAGGAUCCAAAUCGUGAUGGGCUCCGUAAGACUCCCGUUAGAGCUGCUAAGGCCAUGCUCUACUUCACCAAGGGCUACGACCAGACUAUCGAAGAUGUGAUGAACGACGCUGUGUUCGACGAGGACCACGACGAUCUGGUUAUCGUGAAGGACAUAGAGAUGUUCUCCAUUUGCGAGCAUCAUCUGGUCCCCUUCUGGGGUAAAGUGUCUGUCGGCUACCUCCCAAACAAAAAAGUGCUGGGCCUCUCCAAGGUAGCCAGGUAAUAUAUUUGACGUCUUUUA